GGCCACCAAGUCGGGCGUUGACGACCUCAUGCGUCCCAUGGUCUGACGGCGCGCUGAUUGUCCUCCUUCCACGUCGCUUUCCUUCAGCGUGUCGCGUGCGCGGCAGACAGCAUCGGUCGCACCGCGCCAUCCUGUCCACUCUUCUGAUCGCACCUGGUUUCGCCAGAUUUACGACCCGGCACACGUUGAUGGAUUCGCGAUGGAAGAGCAACAACCUCCAGCAACACGCGCCUGCUGACUCCGAUUCACGACUACCCAUUGGUCUCGGCCGCACCUGUCUUGAUUAUCAGAGAAGCGCCAACACUUCCUUCUCUAUCUGGACGCAUUGUGGAGGACCUAUUACCAGAUCGAGCGAGAACUUGGUGAACUCUUACUUUUGACCUCUGCCCGGGACGGAAAGCCUUUGGAGCGAUACACUGGUGUAGCUGAAAUUCCUCCUGAAGACCAAACUUUGACGAAUUACUCUGUACAGCGCGACGUGCAAGUCAGGCCCGGCGAUCGGAAAGGUGGCGCAGAAUUAUCAACAAGUCCUGUCAUUCUAUUUAGUGCGAUACCGGAUAUCGUAUGUCCAGUAAGCCUUAUCGCAGGGAAUCGAGGAGCUCUCGCGCCGGCCACAGUUCACAUCGUUUGGCUGCCUUGGGCAAGAGCAUCGUCACCGUACCAUCGCUUUGGGUGAUGGUAUGGCAAACGUAACAUCCCGUGUCGGCGACUCGAGGCGUUCUAACAGACAUGAGAAUCGUCCUCCGGGACAGUCGCAGCUUUGUCGAAACGGACCGGGUUGCAGAAAGAGGGAAGAAGGCACCUGCUACUACAGUCACGAUUAUUCCGAUUCUAUGUCGCCCAAUGGCUCCAGCAAUACGGCGCUCAAUGUUCAAUCACCGGCAUUUACACCCACACUCGCUCACGCUAGACCGGCGAAACCAAUAGGCAUAUCCCCCAAGGCAGCAGCCGCUGCUACGUUCACUCCGCGAGGUGCAGGUAAAAGACCACGAGGACCUGAGCAUCAUAGACGAGGCUCAUUUCUAACAGGGUCUUCGACUCCUGUUGCACCCGCUCAUGGCAAGCAUCCAUCAGCGGAAUUUGUGCCGCAGCAAUCCUUUCAGCAGGUGUCGCCGAUGAUUGAAUUCGUGCCUGGGCAGCAGUUCGUGCCUGCAUCCAACAUUGAUGCGCAAGCGCAAGUGACGCAUCAGUACAAUCCGUACAGCGACAAUGUCUUCGCGCCACAGAAUCUGAGUGGCCUAGAUGGUUCACAUGUCCAGCUCAACCCAUAUGCACAGCAGCCCGGAACAGCUGGCGUACAGACUUAUUAUCACAAUUCCGCGGACUUGUCUUACCCACUUCAUUACCACCUCUAUGCACCUUUUGGUCCACGGCGAGAGAACAUGGCGGCAUACCAGCGCAGCACCACCGACUUCUUCAUCCCGGAUGAUCUGAGGGAAGACCUUCAGAGGAAGUCGGAGAUGACUUUGCAGACGUUUGCUAAUAGCACGCUUCCACAAAGUGUCGAGCACUUUCAUUCACUUGUUGCGCUCAACGUCGGAAACUCUAAGAGCCCGUCCACAUUCGGAUAUCCGAGCUCAGUAUACAAGGCUACGUCCAGCAAUGAUGGGCAUACAUAUGCGCUUCGACGCAUCGCAGGAUUCCGUCUCCACAGUGAAGCUCAAGUGCGACCCAUCAAUGCGUGGAAGCGGAUGAGCAAUGCCAGCCUGGUCACUGUGAUUGAUGCAUUCACGGGAAGGUGGUUUGGCGAUAGUUCUCUCAUUAUCGUCACUGACUACCAUCCACGCUCCCAAAGCCUGGCGGAGAAACACUUUGGCUCUCAAAGACACGCAAACAAGCACAACGGGCAAGUCAUGCCCGAGAACGAACUCUGGGGAUACAUCGUUCAGCUUGCAAGCGCUUUACGGACCAUUCAUGGCGCGGGUCAAGCAGCGCAGACUGUUAUGGCGUCCAAGGUCCUCCUCACGUCGAAAAACCGAAUACGGUUGAACGGAUGCGGCGUCUUUGAUAUAAUACAAUACGAGAACAAGCCAUCCAUGCUCGAGCUGCAACGAGGAGAUCUCCAAGAUCUUGGAAAACUUAUUCUAGGCAUUGCUACUCGGAAUCAAGUGGCCCAUCAGAAUGUUCAGAAGGCGCUUGACUUAGUCGGCCGGUCUUACUCGGAACGGUUCAGGUCAUGCGUCGCUUGGCUGCUUGCGCCUCCCCCUAUACAACAGGAUUCCGAGCCAGGAGCUAUCGCCACGCAGAAUGUCGAUUACAGCGCCAACGCCUUGCUUGUCAAUAUUGCCGACAAGAUCAUGGGGGUAUACGACAGUGCGCUGCACUACGAAGAUGAACUCACUUCGCAACUCGUUCGGGAGCUAGAAAAUGGCCGUGUCGUUCGGCUCCUGACCAAGCUUGCCGUUAUUUUGGAGCGACCAGAUAUCAGUCUCACAAGCAACGCUCGUGGGAACCCAGCGCUUUUGAACCAACCAUCAGCUUCUUGGUCGGAGACUGGUGAGCGAUACUACUUGAAGUUGUUCCGGGACUACGUUUUCCAUCAGGUCGACGCGGAAGGAAGACCAGUGUUGGACCUCGGACAUAUGUUGACCUGUCUGAACAAAGUUGAUGCCGGGAUCGACGAGAAGAUUCAGCUUGUCAGUCGGGACGAAGAGAGCGUGUUUGUUGUAAGCUACAAGGAGGUGAAACGAGGGAUAGAGAAUGCUUGGAUGGAGCUAUUGAAGGCUUCAAAUCCGGCGAGACGGUAGUACUGGACAUAUGCAUUGAUCCCAGUGUAUUGACGCUGGAGCGAAGGGAGCUGCACAGAGAUGUCGAGAUAUUGGGAAGCAUUAACAUCGCUGUUGGGUAGCCAGCAACGCAAGUAGAACAGAUCGAGAUGAAUGCAAAAACACGAGUAAAAUAAAAUGUAUACACUCGCGCAG